GAGAUGAUCAAUGGGAAGCGCCGAUCGCCACAUUUGCGGUUCAAACCCGAUAACCUCACCACCCGUUUAACGCCUCCUCACGCCAACGACAACGAGCCCUUGUGACGGUGCACGUCUUCUCCUCCUCAUAUUUCGCCUCUGCGCACGCCAAAACCCAAACGCAGCAACACAGCGAGAAGAAGAAGAAGAAGAAGAAGACGAAGCAGCAGCACCAGCUUUGGGAUCUCCUUCGCGGGAAACCCUAAUCGGCGAAGGCUCGAACUCGUUCAUGCGAUUGGAAUUUGCCGCUACGAUGAGCACCGUAACCCUAAACCCCUCCUCGUCCAUGGCGGCGAAGCUUCUAGAGAACCCAUCUCCUUCCUCUUCUUCCUCCUUCCUACUCUUCAACCCUCUCUCCUUCAAGGGUUAUGGAUUUAGGGCCACGAGAUUCCCCAGUUCUCUGUGUGCGUAUUCAUCGCGGAAGAGAUUUGGUAGCGUUCUUUCGAUAUCUAGGAGGCGCGAUGCAGUGGUUAAAGCUAUUGUCACUCCAGAUCCAGUAGUGGAAUUGCCACUUACUGCGGAAAAUGUCGAGUCAGUUUUGGAUGAAGUGCGCCCCUAUCUUAUGGCAGAUGGUGGAAAUGUGGCACUACAUGAGAUCGAUGGAAAUGUUGUGAGGUUGAAGUUGCAAGGAGCUUGCGGGUCCUGUCCAAGUUCCGUAAUGACAUUGGAAAUGGGCAUUGAGCGUCGGUUAAUGGAAAAAAUUCCUGAAAUUGUUGCAAUUGAGCCUAUCACAGAUGAGGAGACAGGUCUUGAGUUGAAUGAAGAGAAUAUUGAAAAGGUACUUGAUGAGAUGAGGCCAUACCUUGCUGGGACAGGAGGCGGUGAGCUCGAGCUUGUCGGGAUCGAGGACCCUAUCUUGAAAGUUCGGCUCACGGGACCGGCGGCAGGCGUUAUGACUGUUCGAGUUGCAAUUACUCAGAAGCUUCGCGAGAAGAUUCCUGCCAUUGCAGCUGUACAGCUAUUAUCAUAAUUGUCUGAGGAACCGGCCCAUGCUGAAUAUUUUCCUUGCAUGGAAAAUCUGUUAGGUUGUGGUUUGUUAAUAUCAAACGAUGUUUUGUCUACCAAAGAAAAUUAGGCCUUUCCAAUAAUAAGGGCAUAUUAAAGGAUGGCAUGUGGCAUAUGUGCAUCCUAGCUGGUCAAUUAAUGUUUGUAAAUUUUGGCGAAGUUCAUGCCUCUAAUUUUAACACAGAAUUUGAAUACAGGGGACGUAGUUUCAUCUUUGGCGAGGUGAAUGGUGAAAUACACGAUUGUCUCUGUUCUUUUUUAA